AUGGCCGCAUCUGAUUUAGAUGGGUUAACAGCUUCUGCCUAGGUUAACUUCUUCUUGUAGAUGCUGCUCACCUUCCCUGUCCUUUUUGUCUGCCUUUCUGCUCACCUGGCCUGUAAAUGCUGGAACCGUUACAUAAAUCUCAAUUUCCUUUCUCUUUAUGAGUAGGAAAUUAUGCUGGAUUUUCUUGCUCCCGCUCUGAUCUCUAGCCUGAGAGGGGAAGUGGAGGCUGAAGGCCUUUUCCUAGUUUUCUUCAGAAUCUCAAUCCGAGGGAUUUAACUUCCGGUGAGGUCGUCCGUCUUGUAUCAGACGCGGGGACAGAUGAACAUCGAUCGAUCCAGUAAAGCUAAAAUCUAGAGAAUCAGAUUAUUCAGAGUUCGUGCUUCGGUGUCAGACUGAAGAGAUCAGAAUCACCACUGUCCGGCUCAACACCAUUCACCUCGAGAGUUCCGGCUGAGGAUUCCUUCACACUAGUUAGGGGUAAGGAGUUAGUGAGCUCCGACUUGGCGAAAGUGUGGAUUUUAGGGUUCUUCCGAACAUCUGAAGCCCCUUCUUCCUCUGGACGGACUUUUCGCAGAGCUUCCGUCUGGUGAUCACUGUUUCCGGGCCUGUAGAGUUUCCACAGGCGUUGUUGGUCCCUGUUUACCUUGUUCGUGAAGAACUCAUCCAUCCAUCCACCCUACCACUAG